AGAAGCAGCAUAAUCUAGCGGCUCAAGAAAAGUAUCAUCCUUCCCCGCUUGUGUCGCGGCCAGAUAUUGAGGGCGGAAGGGGGACGAGGCGAGUCCAGCCGCGCCCGUUCUUCUUCGCCCGGCCCCAAAGCUCGCGGGUCUCAGCAGCGCCGGGGAAGGUUUUGGGAGGCGGACCCAAGAUGGCGGACGCCCGUGGCAUUUUCUCAGGCAUCUGACACAACAAAUAAAAGGCCGCCAUGCCGACUGUGGUGGUGAUGGAUGUGUCCCUCUCGAUGACUCGGCCAGUUUCCAUUGAAGGCUCAGAGGAGUAUCAGCGGAAACAUCUAGCUGUCCAUGGCCUGACCAUGCUUUUUGAACACAUGGCAACCAAUUACAAACUGGAAUUUACUGCCUUGAUUGUGUUUUCGUCACUCUGGGAACUAAUGGUCCCCUUCACAAGAGAUUACAAUACUCUCCAGGAAGCCCUGAGUAAUAUGGAUGAUUAUGACAAGACCUGCUUGGAGUCAGCUCUGCUAGGAGUAUGCAAUAUUGUGCAACAGGAAUGGGGGGCUGCCAUUCCCUGCCAGGUUGUCCUUGUUACUGAUGGCAGCUUAGGCAUUGGCAGGGGUUCUCUCCGCCACUCUUUAGCUACUCUCAGCCAACGAAAUGAAGCCAACCAACGGUUCCCACUGCCUUUCCCUUUUCCAUCAAAGUUGUACAUCAUGUGUAUGGCCAGUCUGGAGGAGCUCCAGAGCUCAGAUUCUUUAGAAUGCCUUGAAAGGCUCAUAGACUUAAACAAUGGGGAAGGCCAGAUUUUUACUAUUGAUGGGCCCCUUUGCUUGAAGAAUGUGCAGUCCAUGUUUGGAAAGCUCAUAGACGUAGCUUAUACACCCUUCCAUGCUGUUCUGAAAUGCGGCCACUUGUCUUCAGACGUGCAAGCCUUUCCGAGGCCAGAGCCCUUUGUGAUAGACGAGGAAAUUGAUCCGAUCCCUAAAACAAUUAAUACAGAUUUGGAAAUUGUUGGGUUCAUUGACAUAGCUGAUAUCUCCAGUCCCCCUGUCCUGUCUAGGCAUUUGGUAUUGCCAAUUGCUCUAAACAAAGGUGAUGAGGUGGGCCCAGGGAUUGCAGAUGAUGUUGAAGAUGAAAAUUCAGCUAAUCAGAUAGCGGGCAAGAUCCCCAACUUCUGUGUGUUGCUGCAUGGGAGUCUGAAAGUGGAAGGCAUGGUGGCCAUUGUUCAGUUAGGAUCAGAAUGGUUUGGGAUGCUGUAUUCUCAAGCUGACAGCAAGAAGAAAUCAAAUCUAAUGAUGUCUCUCUUUGAACCCGGACCGGAGCCGCUCCCUUGGCUGGGGAAGAUGGCCCAGCUCGGCCCUAUCUCAGAUGCUAAAGAGAAUCCGUAUGGUGAAGAUGACAACAAGAGUCCUUUUCCCUUGCAACCCAAGAAUAAACGCAGUUAUGCGCAGAAUGUAACUGUGUGGAUUAAACCAAAUGGUCUCCAGACAGAUGUGCAAAAGAUCCUUAGGAACGCAAGAAAACUCCCUGAAAAAACACAGACUUUCUAUAAGGAACUGAAUCGCUUGCGAAAGGCAGCUUUAGCCUUUGGGUUUUUGGACCUGUUGAAAGGUGUGGCGGAUAUACUUGAGAGGGAAUGCACUCUUCUCCCAGACACAGCACAUCCUGAUGCAGCCUUCCAGCUAACUCACGCAGCUCAGCAGCUUAAAAUGGCAAGCACCGGCACCUCGGAGUAUGCAACAUAUGACCACAAUAUCACACCACUACAGACAGACUUCUCCAGCAGUGGGACUGAACGGAUGUGAUGGUCUGUUGUGGUUUGAACAUCUUUCCAGCUGCCCAUUGGCCCAUCUUCAUCUACAGGCCAUUUCAUUCCACACUUGGACAGUGAGAUUAGAUUGGUCUGGAUGUUAUUAAAUUUUAUUACAUUUGUAUCUACUUUUCUCUGUAUCGUACAGACCUAAGGAGAAGGCGUUCAAAUAUCUCUAACAUCUAUGAACAUUAUUAUCCAUGUUACAAUAAUUCAAAUGCUUCCCAAAAAAUUUUGUUAAGAGAAUUUCAAAGUGAGCCAAAGGUUGCUACUGGCAAAUGUAAAGGAGGAAAAACCUCUUGAUUCCUGAACAGUGUGACUGAAGAACACUUCUGUUGCAUCUUUAGGACCCUCAUUCUCUGUUUCUAAAAUUCUUGGCAUUUUGUGAACUUUGUACCUUCAAUUCAGAAUCAUACUUUGCCCCCUUCCUGAAGAACGCCACUAAGCAUGGUGUUGGAGAGUUUCAGAGGCAUUGGUGGAUUUUCAUUCUCUCUGUGUGUAGUGUUAAUAUUGUCAGACUGAUUCAGAACAGUGACCAUCAUGCUAUCAGAUAACUCCUUCACAUGUAUCUGAAACCACCACCAACACACAAGAAGCAAAUAGCAACAUGAUUAGGGAAACUCUUAAGGUUUGUAGAAUGGAAGAAUUAAGGGGAUAGCUACCUGAAACAGUUCAGUGAGGAUUGAACAUGCUUGGGAACAUAGGAUAGAACAGAAUGAAAUGCAAUAUUGACCAGGAAAGAAUGGUGCUGGAACUUUACACAGGAUCAUUCUGGAUGACAGCAGAAGGCAAUUUUCAAGUUAAAGGAAAGCUUGAUGAUCACAGGGAGAGUUAAAUGUCUUCAGGAUAUCAUGUUUACAGCUUUUAUCAACUGCUGAAGUGCCUUUUUUGCAGCAUUGAGAGGUAGCCAUGUUAGUUUUUUUCAGCUUGUAUAGCAAAAAUCAAAAAUCUGGUGGCAUUUCAAGACAGGUUUAUUUCAGUGUGAACUUUCAUGGAUUACAAUCGACUUUCUAAGGCAGUGAGCAACAAAAACACAUUGAAAGUUUUCAGUCUUGAAAGUGCCGUAGUUUUGUUUUUUUCCAACUGCAGCUAUUUUGGUUUUGCUUGAGAUAAAAUGUGACCGUCGUCUUU